GUAUAAGUACACCCUCCCCUGCUCAAAGUGGCACCCCCGCCACCUUCAAACCACCCCGCCACGGUUCCGUGCACAUCCCUACCAGGAGGAGAACCCCAGGAAUCCGAUUGGCCGGAGUGGCUAGAGUAGCAGCUGUUUCAGCCAGUAAGACCAAAAGAAGAUGUUUCAGGCAGAGGAGGAGGGGCUGCAGGAAGCUCCAUGCUCGGAAGUAUUCCCUUACUGCUGUCUGGUCAUAACUCAGCAAUGGAAUCAAGGAGAGCAAUCAUGCACAACCUCCUGCUCGAUGCCUUGGAAGACCUUGGUCAAGAUGAGUUUGAUAAAUUUAAGUUCAAGUUGCGUACCACGGCUGCUCCUGGGGAUCAGAAUAUUCCAUUUGGGCGGCUGGAGAAGUCAAAACGGGAAGAGCUGGUGGAACUGCUGGUAGAGUUUUACGAGGAUAAGGCUGCUACCCUAAUGGAGACUAUCUUUGAGGACAUCGGUCUCAAGAACAAUGCUUCUGAACUCCGCAAGGUGGUCGGGGAGCGAGUUCAAGGCUACAAAAAGAAGUAUGCUAAGAAUGUGAUGGAAGAGUACCAGCUGACAGAGGACAGGAACAGUCUGUUUGGUGAGAGUACCCCUUUGAAUUCACGCUACAUUGAGUUGCUAAUUAUCAAGAAGCAUCGGCCUCAGAAGGAGAGGGAGCACGAAUUACUUGCUAUUGGUAGGAAGCACUUGGAGAUACUGGAAAAAACCUGUUCUGAUUAUUCAACUGAUAUCAAAUAUCUUUUUAAGCCGGAUGAAUCAGGAGUAACCCCAAGAACAGUGGUGUUGCAGGGACCUGCAGGGAUUGGUAAGACAAUGACCAUACAGAAGAUCAUGCUGGACUGGGCUGCUGGGGAGCUCUAUCAGGAUAUGUUUGACUAUGUAUUCUGCCUUCGCUGCAGAGAACUGAGCCUUACUGAAGAAGCCAACAGCCUGAUUGAUCUUAUUGUAGAACAGUGUCAGGAUACAUAUGCCCCAGUGAAAGAAAUCUUAGCCUGUCCUGAAAAGCUGCUUUUCAUCAUCGAUGGCUUUGAUGAGCUUUGUUUCUCAUUAGAGCCUACAGAGGAUCACAUCUGUAACAGUCCUUAUUCAAAAGUGUCAAUGAAAGAUAUCCUGAACAGCCUGCUGAGGAAGAAACUCUUGCCAAAGUCUUACCUCUUGAUCACAACAAGACCUGGUGCUGCUGAGCGGCUACAGGAGUGCUUGAAGUUUCCCAGAUUCAUGGAGAUCCUUGGCUUCUCUGAAAAAGGUCGCCAUAAAUAUUUUUUCAAUUUUUUUAAAGAUGAGCGGAAAGCUAACAUAGCACUGAGAUUCAUUGAUGAUACCACGGCAGUGUCUACUAUUUGCUUUAUUCCUAUAGUGUGCUGGAUCAUAUGUCAUGUCAUUAAAGUUGAACUGGAAACUGAAGAUGAGAUAAAAGACACCUUGGACACUACUACAAAGGUCUUUGUGCAAUUUUCUCACAAUCUCCUUAAACAUGACUCCAGGAAAUUAAAGAAGUCAUCUCUGGGUGAAUUUAGAAAACUCUGUUCCAUGGCACAAGCUGGCAUCCUGGAACAGAAGAUCUUCUUUGAGGAGAAGGAUCUCAAGGACCACAGUUUGGAUGGAUCUGAUCUCAAAGACCUGUUUCUUGACAGAAGAACUUUUCAGAAGGGGAUUGGCCGCUACAGCCUCUACAGUUUUCUCCACCUCUGCUUUCAGGAGUUUUUUGCUGCUAUGUGGUAUAUUCUGCAGGAAGAGCCAGCAGGAGCAUCUGAUAAUAAUGAAGGGGACCUGAAGAGACUCUUGAUUGAGUGUGAGAAGCCAGGCAAUGAACAUUUGACUUUAACUUUACGCUUCAUAUUUGGUCUGAGCAGUGAAAAGGUGCGAGUCUUCCUUGAGCAAACACUACAGUGUAAGACAUCUGACCUUGUGAAGCCUCUCUUACUUCAGAGAGCAGAAGAGAUUGCUGCUGAGCAUCCUCCUAGAAAAGGCUAUUGCCUGCUGAAUUUUUUCCACUCUUUGUUUGAGAGCCAGGAAGCAGAAUUUGCAGAGCGAGUGAUGCAUUCUUUCCAAACUAUUGACCUUUCUUACAGGGCAGUCUCCAUGUUGGACUGCAGAGUUCUGGCAUUCUGCUUGCAGCACAGUUCAGUCCAGGAUCACUCCAUCGAUCUAACCUUUUGCCGGCUGAAGUCUCAUCACAUCAAGGCUCUGGCCCCAGGAAUAAAAACAUGUACAACUUUGGAAUUUGGAAGUAACAAACUUGGGAAUUCAGGAGUGAAAGUUCUUUGUGCCAUUCUGAAGGAACUAGCUUGUAAUAUUACGAUUCUGGAUCUUAGUGAAAACUACCUCACAGAUGCCUGUGCCCAAGAACUCUGUGCUACUCUGAGCACCAGCCACACACUCCAAAGACUUAGCCUUCUAGACAACAGCUUCACAGAGACAUCUCUGCCCUUCAUCCUCCACCUCAUGGAGACCUGCACCAGCCUGUCCCUUUUAAGGUUGGAUGGAUAUGGAUUUGGUAAGAAAGGAAGAAAGCGCUUGAGACAGCAAGAGGAAAAGAUAAAAGCAAGACCAUUUUUGUUGCUGAUGUGACACGGAGUCGACACCGACUUGACGGCACUUAAUCAAUCAAUCAACUUCAGUUGUUGGAAUUCCUUCUCAGACAAGAAAGUUGACAAGAGUCAUCACUGGAUUUAAAAACAAACUCUUCUACCAGUUCUCCAGUUUUUCUUUUGGUUUGAGUCUCUCUGCAUAAUUCUACACGCUGUUCAAGCUUGGCUAAAAGUUAAACAUUCUUGUUGUUUUAUUACACAUGUACUGAAAUUGUUGUCCAUAAGAAAUUAGUAACAUUAUGAAAGUUGGCAACCAUUUUAUGGUAUCAUAAUUGUAUCCAGUUCUUUCGCAGUUCCUGUUCAAAGCACCACAGUUCCAACAUAAGAACAGCCCUGUCCCCUGCUGGAUCCAGCCCAAGGCCUCUCUAGCCCAGCACCCUGUUUCGCACAGUGGCCCACCAGAUGCCUCUGGGAAACCCACGGGCAAAAGCUGAGGGCAUGCCUUCUCUCCUCCUGCUACUCCCCUGAUUCAACCUAAUAAAAAUAUCUCAUGUUCCUUGUUUAUGUUGUUUGGAAAGUUGUAUACUGCUUUGUAAUUGCCCUGUAUGCCUUAUAUAAAUGUUUGAGGUAUGUGUGUA